AAUGUCAAUCCAUUCACAGUCAGUUCACGGACUCAGUGCAUGUGAAAAGGAUGAGAGGAGGGCAGAGUGGAGGCAAACAGAGCAAGAAGAGAGUUCACUGCAUCAUUUAAAGACCCAGUUUGGUUCGUGGUAUGUUUUAAAAAGAAGAAUCACAUCUUUGCGGUACCUUGUUCUCCAGGACACACUGGUUCAGGAGGGUGAAUGAGACCGGACCUCUCCUCUACAUCCUGAGAACGCUUCACAUCAGGGUUUCCUGCAUCCUUCUUCAAGUUGCAGGUAUCAGGUGUCCAGUAUCUGCAAUUACUGCACUGUGAAUGAGGAGAAGAAGUGAUGUCUCACAACAACAGCUGCUGCAGAUUUUGCUGCAGGGGCUUGUACAGCUGCAACUGGGGGGAUUCAAGUAAAAGUAAGAGAAAAUGUGGGUGCUGCUGGUUCUCAGUGGUCACGUUGAUGUCCCUGCUCUCCCUGUGUUGGAUGUACAUUUGUCUGGUCACUUUUAACGACCGUGAGGACGUCAACUGGCAGGGGUUCACACAGCUCAAACGGUGGGUGAACUGGUUCAUGGUGCUGAUCAUCAUUUCUGCUGUGUUCACCAGCUACUGUGUUCUGCUGCUGCUCUUUGCGCUGUUCCAAGUUGCCUUAGGAGAACAACUCGACUUACACUGGCUGCACAAGAUCUUCUUAUUUUUCGGUGUCAUAUUCCUCACUUUCGGGGUCACAGGAAUCAGUGUGAAGUGGGCUCAAGAAUGGCCAGCUGUUCUUCUUUCACUGCAGGCCACUGGUCCUUUCUUACAGUUUGGUGCCGUUGGAGCGUUGACUCUGCUGAGCUCAUUCGUCUUCCAGGGCUUCCACAGGGCCAAAAUAGGUCACAAGUUCCUGAUUGCGGUGGUAUUUCUCGUGGUGUCAGCAGCCAUCUUCCUGUGUCCCCUGUUCAUCCGGUCUCCUUGUCUAAUAGAUCCGAAAGAUCUGCCUGAAAAGCCAAAACUCAUUGGCCACAGAGGCGCUCCAAUGCUGGCUCCAGAGAACACCAUGAUGUCCUUCCACAGGAGCAUCGCGUGCAACGUGACAGCCUUUGAAACAGACGUGCAGCUCAGUAAAGACAGAAUUCCCUUCUUGAUGCAUGACAAUAAGUCUGAGUUCUUGCUGCGAACAACGAAUGUUAAAGAGAAGUUUCCCAAAAAGAAAUUCAACCACAGCACUGACCUGACCUUGGAGGAACUGCAGAGUCUGAAUGCAGGUGAAUGGUUCCUAAAGACAGAUCCCUUCCGCUCAGUGUCCCAGCUCUCGGAAGAGGAGAAGGAAACAGCCAGAAAUCAGACUAUUCCCUCCUUACUUCAGCUCCUUAACCUCGCUAAGCAGCACAACAUCUCAGUGAUAUUUGAUCUAAAAAGUUCCAACCUGGAGAAUGACACAGUGGACACAGUGGACACCAUCUUAAAGUCUGGCAUUGACCCGAGCCUGGUUCUCUGGCUUCCUCCUCGAGAAAGAGAAUAUGUAAACAUGGCAGCACCGGGCUUCACCCAGGUCUACGACAACAAAAAGGAUAUGCUUAAUAAAUCGGGAAGUCACCUAAAUGUGAAGUACAGCAGUCUGAGUACGAAAAAAAUCAGUGAACUUCGGAGGAAUAAUGUCACAGUGAACCUGUGGGUGGUUAAUGAGCGCUGGCUGUUCUCUCUGCUGUGGUGUGUAGGAGCCAGCUCUGUCACUACCAACUCCUGCCACCUCCUGAAAGAUGUGCACCAGCCUGACUGGGUCCUGCCUCAUCACAGAUACACAAUAAUAUGGAUUUCAGUGGAUAUUGCAUCUAUUCUGAUAAUGAUUGGAAUCUGCAUCUUUCAUUGGAAAACACACCGCUGCUGUCGCAGAGAAGGUACUAGAUGCAAAGAAACAACCCUUCAUCCUGGAAUGAGAAAGAACUGCAUCCUUUCUUACCCACUGGGCAGUUCGACGGACAUCAGAGGCUGUGACCCUGAAACUGUCAUUCAUCCGUUUCUGUCCGGUGCAGAUUUGAUUUGGACCUGAAUCAGGAAGAAAGCAAGUUAAUGUGAACUUUUAAAGCCAUCAACAUUAAAAUGUUCUGAACAUAAUAAGAUGUGAAUCAAAUAUCACUACGACAUUACUGGACGUCAGUUUCUUUUGUUUUUUUGUUAACCGGGUUCAUCUCUCACAGGGUUUUUCUGUAUGAUUGUUCUUCUGUUCCUACUGAAAUACACUGCUUUUGACAGUCUGAUUGUAUACCGUACACUGUAUAUAUGCAAUUCCUUUCUUUUCAUUUCAGUGUUUUUCCAUUUGAAAGCAAUGAAUCAUCGUGUCAUUAAUGCAGAAAAGAUUAGUCUGUAAUCUGAGCCAUAAACACUAAAACUAUUUUUUACACUA